AGCUGCUGUUGCUGAUUUGAAAACCUUUCAAGUUCCUCCCAGAAGAUUUGCUAAUAAGUCAAGUGAUGAUCUAAUUUUAGAAGCAUCACAAGAAUAUAAGGAGAUGCUAAGGAGAAGAUACAUGACCUGAAAAGAGAACAUUUUACUUACUGGACUUUAUAGAUAACAUUUUAAUUAUUUCCCAUAAGGUGUAGGACCUGAAAACUUUGUUGAAUUAAAAAGUUCUGUAUCAUAUACAUGAUAAAAAUUUAUGAACUAUUUCUGGACAUCUGUAAUUUUAAGUAGUGUUUGCAAGUAAAAACAAGUCUUGCUGAGUUUUAUAUACCCAUACUUCCCAAAAGCCAGCUAUUUUAAAUCUAACCAAAGAAGUUGUCAUUAAUACUUCAUUCGAGUGAAAUAUAAUUUUAGUGAUAUGUUGAAAAUUGUA